GCAUUAUUUCCUGCCCUAAAUUUCUCUAUUUAAAGAAGAUGGUAACGCGGCAUUGUUUCUUCACGUACAACAUUCUCUGAGUCAUCCACGUCUAUAAGCCUAUAACUCGCUUCAAAAUCAUCGCAGUUUUUCUUUUGGUAGUUAAAAACGGUAGAAAUGGAAGGCAAAAUAGUUGAGGCUUUUGUGGUGGUAGCGUUGUCAAUAAUGGUGAUACUUGAUCCAAGUUUGGCAGCAUCAGAUCUAAGUUUGAAUGUAGCAAGUGCUACAACGGCAACCUACUCGAAAGUGUUAACCGACAUGCGUAAUAAUUUGCAGGAUCCGAAACUUAAGUAUGGAAAUACCAACAUACCAGUAAUGGCAGCUCCUUCAAAAACACCCAAGUAUCUUUUAGUUGAUCUCAAGGCUUCAGAUGGUGGAACAAUCACUGUAGCUUUCAGUAAGACUGAUUUAUAUGUGCAAGGCUAUCUUGACAAAUUUAAUAACGGAAAAGAUUUCAGAGCACAUUUCUUUCCUGAUGCACUUUCAGAUGCCAAAAAGACUCUGUUUCCAGAGGCAAAAGUUGCUGCUAAUCGUAUCGAAAUGAAAUACAAAAGUUCAUAUGGUGAUAUUGAGAAGAAAGCUGGUGAUAGAAGCAAACUUGGAUUGGGUGUUCAACCAUUAAACAAGUUGAUCAACAAAGUUUACGGAAAACCGCUUGAUGUUAAGACUGAAGCUCAGCUUAUGCUUCUUGUUAUCCAAAUGCUAGCAGAAGCAACACGAUUUAAGUAUAUUGAAGGGAUGAUUCUGCAGAAGUUCAGUACAUUUUAUAACCCGGACCCUAAAACGAUUGAAUUGGAAAAAAGUUGGCAGAAAAUUACUAAAGGAAUUAAGAGCUCUAUCAAAGGGGUGAUCAAACCAGAGCUGGUUUUAGUGGAUGAUAAGGGUAAGCCUUGGAAAGUGUCGAAAGUUGAUCAAGUUGUUCCGGUAAUGGGGCUUCUAAAGUACGAAGGCAGCAGCAGCAGCAUAACAUCAAAGUUUUACAAGGUGUUGAUGAAUGUUUUUAAAGUCAAUAAUGGCAAUGUUAAGUGCUCAAGUUCUUGUGAGGAACUAAGGAUUGCUGCUGGAAUUCCUGAGUUGGAAGUGGCAAAGCUAGAACAUCAAAAGCUAAUACAAAUAAGAGGAACAACUAUUACAAUCGGACGAUUCCUAUAUUAAGCAAAGAAUGGUAAAGUUCCUAGUUUUGAGUUACUUUGUACUAAAUGAGGAACAACUACGUACCAGAGCGGAACAACUAAAGUUUCUGAGUUGUAAUCUCCAGAAAAGGGAAGACACAAAGACUAGGUAGUUUAUUGUACUUAAAAUUUGUGUAAAAUAUUAAUACUGCUAAUGUUAUAUUAAGGAACUAUUAGAAUAUUUAUCAAAAUAUCUGGUAGCAAAUUUU